CUCUUCUUCUCUUUGGAAUCUAUCUAUCUUCUUCCACCCUUUACUUCCUCAAAAUAAUCCUCUUUUAUCCAUUUCUCACCUUCUCCUCGUUUAUCCCAAAAACUGUUCUUUUCCUCUCUUAUUACCUUUUUUUUUUGUUAAACUCUUAUCUAUACACCCAAAUCGAACAGUAUUCGAUAACCCCAGAUUGGCUUAAGGUUCUGUUUUUGAUUUGGUCGGGGCAGAAAAGUAAAGAAAACUAGGGGUUUAUUUUAAUAAUGGGAACUGGUACAGUUGUGUCUGGACGAGUAAGGAAAGAUCUCUCAAGAACGAAUCCAAAUGGGAAUAUUCCUCCUGAGAGUCGUUCUAAUUCACGUAAGAAGAAGAUCCAACGACGGAGCAAGAGAACCCUAAUCUCUCCGGUUCAGAAACUGGUCGAUACUUGUAAGAAAGUUUUCGCUAAUGCCAAAUCUGGAACCGUCCCUUCUCAAGAUAACAUUCAGAUGCUUCGAGCCGUUUUGGAUGAAAUCAAGCCUGAGGAUGUUGGUGUGAGUCCUAAGAUGCCGUAUUUUCGAUAUAAAGUGACGGGUCGAUCUCCGUUAGUGACGUAUCUUCACAUCUAUGCAUGUCAUAGCUUCUCGAUUGGCAUUUUCUGUUUACCAUCAUCUGGUGUAAUCCCUCUUCACAAUCACCCGGAGAUGACUGUUUUUAGUAAGCUCUUGUUUGGUACAAUGCACAUCAAAUCUUAUGAUUGGGUUGCUGAUUCUCCCCAGCCGAGUUCGGAUACUCGUUUGGCAAAAGUGAAAGUUGAUUCGGAUUUUACUGCACCUUGUGACACUUCCAUACUCUAUCCAGCCGAUGGAGGGAAUAUGCAUUGCUUCACCGCGAAAACAGCUUGCGCGGUUCUUGAUGUUCUUGGUCCUCCUUACUUUGAUCCAGCAGGACGUCAUUGUACUUACUAUUUCGAUCUUCCUUUCUCCAGUUUCUCAGUUGAUGGAGUCGCGGUUGCUGAAGAGGAGAAAGAAGGUUAUGAGUGGUUGAAGGAGAGGGAAGAGGAGCCAGAGGAUUUGACGGUUACAGCGAUGAUGUAUAGUGGACCAACCAUAAAAGAAUGAAUGUAAAAAAAAAAACAAAAAAAAGAAUGGAAGCAUAGCAAAAACAAGUACACACAAGGACACAUCUGUUUGUGUUUUCUUUUUGUGUUUUAUUGAUUUCUUCUGUUGGUUUUUUUGGUUGUAUAUAUAAAAAAAAAAAAGAGGUCUUUGAAAGUACACACAAGGACAAAUCUAGUAUCUAUGUAACGGAGAAGAACAAGUACACACACUUUUGUCGGAA